GCGGCGCUGGAAAAGAUGGCGGCGGCGGCGGGCAACGCGGUGUCUUGCGGGACCCGGCCAGCAGGGCAGCCCAAGCCCGGGCCGCAGCCGCGCACGCUCCUUGCCACCGGGCCGGCGCUGAUAGCGAGCGGCGACGAGCUGGUGGCCGCCGUGUGGCCGUACCGGCGGCUGGCGCUGCUGCGGCGCCUUACGGUGCUGCCGUUCGCGGGGCUGCUCUACCCGGCCUGGCUGGGCGCCGCGGCCGCCGGCUUCUGGGGCUGGGGCAGCAGCUGGGCGCAGGUCCCUGAGGCGGCGCUGUUCGUGCUCGCUUCCAUCUGCCUCGCACACGCGCUCACCGUUCUCUCGGGACAUUGGUCCGUGCAUGCGCACUGCGCCCUCACCUGCACCCCGGAGUACGACCCCAGCAAAGCAACCUUCGUGAAGGUGGUGCCGACUGCCAACAAUGGAUCCACUGAGCUUGUGGCCCUGCACCGCGAUGAGGGCGAAGAUGGGAAGGAGGUGCUGUCCUUCGAAUUCCAGAAGAUCAAGUAUUCCUACGAUGCUCUGGAAAAGAAGCGCUUCCUCCCAGUGGCGUUUCCUGUGGGAAAUGCUUUCUCAUACUACCAGAGCAACAGAGGGUUCCAGGAGGACUGGGAGAUCCGUGCAGCCGAGAAGAAGUUUGGGAGCAACAAGGCCGAGAUGGUGGUGCCCGACUUCUCAGAGCUCUUCAAGGAGAGAGCCACGGCACCGUUCUUUGUGUUCCAGGUGUUCUGCGUGGGGCUCUGGUGUCUAGACGAGUACUGGUACUACAGCGUCUUCACACUCUCCAUGCUGGUUGCUUUUGAGGCUUCUCUGGUGCAGCAGCAGAUGCGUAACAUGUCAGAGAUCCGGAAAAUGGGCAACAAGCCUCACAUGAUCCAGGUUUACCGAAGCCGCAAAUGGAGGCCUGUCGCCAGCGACGAGAUUGUUCCUGGGGACAUUGUCUCCAUCGGCCGCUCCCCACAGGAGAACCUGGUACCGUGUGACGUGCUGCUGCUGCGGGGGCGCUGCAUUGUGGAUGAGGCCAUGCUCACGGGGGAGUCGGUGCCACAGAUGAAGGAGCCCAUUGAAGACCUCAGCCCCGACCGGUUGCUGGACCUCCAGGCUGACUCCAGGCUCCACGUCAUCUUCGGGGGCACCAAGGUGGUGCAGCACAUCCCUCCGCAGAAGGCUACCACAGGGCUGAAGCCGGUCGACAAUGGGUGCGUGGCCUAUGUCCUGCGGACUGGAUUCAACACAUCCCAGGGCAAGCUGCUGCGCACUAUCCUGUUUGGAGUCAAGAGAGUGACUGCGAACAACCUGGAGACCUUUAUUUUCAUCCUUUUUCUCCUGGUCUUUGCCAUCGCGGCAGCCGCCUACGUGUGGAUCGAAGGUACCAAGGACCCUAGCCGGAACCGCUACAAGCUGUUUCUGGAAUGCACACUGAUCCUCACCUCAGUCGUGCCCCCCGAGCUGCCCAUCGAGCUGUCUCUGGCUGUCAACACCUCCCUCAUCGCCCUGGCAAAGCUCUACAUGUACUGCACGGAGCCCUUCCGGAUCCCCUUCGCCGGCAAGGUCGAAGUGUGCUGCUUCGAUAAGACGGGGACCUUGACUAGUGACAGCCUGGUGGUGCGAGGCGUGGCCGGGCUCAGAGACGGGAAGGAGGUGACCCCCGUGUCCAACAUCCCUGUAGAGACUCACCGGGCCCUGGCCUCAUGCCACUCCCUCAUGCAGCUGGAUGAUGGCACCCUUGUGGGUGACCCCCUGGAGAAGGCUAUGCUGACAGCUGUGGACUGGACGCUGACUAGAGAUGAGAAAGUAUUCCCCCGAAGUAUUAAAACUCAGGGGCUGAAAAUUCACCAGCGCUUUCAUUUUGCCAGUGCCCUAAAGCGAAUGUCCGUGCUCGCCUCCUAUGAGAAGCUCGGCUCCACUGACCUCUGCUACAUCGCGGCUGUGAAGGGGGCCCCCGAAACCCUGCAUUCCAUGUUCACCCAGUGCCCACCCAACUACCAUCACAUCCACACGGAGAUUUCCCGGGAAGGAGCCCGCGUCCUGGCGCUGGGGUACAAGGAGCUGGGGCACCUCACUCACCAGCAGGCCCGAGAGGUCAAGCGGGAGGCGCUGGAGUGCAACCUCAAGUUCGUCGGCUUCAUCGUGGUUUCCUGUCCACUCAAGGCUGACUCCAAGGCCGUGAUCCGUGAGAUCCAGAAUGCAUCCCACCGGGUGGUCAUGAUCACAGGUGACAACCCACUCACCGCCUGCCAUGUGGCCCAGGAGCUGCACUUCAUUGAAAAGGCACAUACGCUUAUCCUGCAGCCUCCCACAGAGAAAGGUCAACCCUGUGAAUGGCGCUCCAUCGAUGGCAGCAUUGUGCUGCCCCUGGCCCAGGGCUCCCCAAAGUCACUGGCCCUGGAGCAUGCACUGUGCCUCACCGGUGAUGGCCUGGCCCACCUGCAGGCUGAGGACCCCCAGCAGCUGCUUCGCCUCAUCCCUCAUGUGCAGGUGUUUGCCCGUGUGGCCCCCAAACAGAAAGAGUUUGUCAUCACCAGCCUGAAGGAGCUGGGCUACGUGACGCUCAUGUGUGGGGAUGGCACCAACGACGUGGGUGCCCUGAAGCAUGCUGACGUGGGUGUGGCACUCCUGGCCAAUGCCCCUGAGCGGGUUGUUGAGCGGCGGCGACGGCCCCGGGACAGCCCCAUCUUGAGCAACAGCAGCAGCAGGGCCACCUCCAGGGUGGCCAGGCAGAGGUCGGGGCUCCCACCCCCGGAGGAGCAGCCAGCUUCCCAGCGGGUAAGUCUUGGGACAGGGGCAGCAGCACCUCCUUGUUGCCAGGUCUCACCCCUGCCACCUGCCCCACAGGACCGCCUGAGCCAGGUGCUGCGGGACCUCGAGGACGAAAGCACGCCUAUUGUGAAGCUGGGGGACGCCAGCAUCGCGGCACCCUUCACCUCCAAGCUCUCAUCCAUCCAGUGCAUCUGCCACGUGAUCAAGCAGGGCCGCUGCACACUGGUGACCACGCUGCAGAUGUUCAAAAUCCUGGCGCUCAACGCACUCAUCCUGGCCUAUAGUCAGAGUGUCCUCUACCUGGAGGGUGUCAAGUUCAGCGACUUCCAGGCCACGCUGCAGGGGCUUCUGCUGGCCGGCUGCUUCCUCUUCAUCUCCCGCUCCAAGCCCCUGAAGACUCUCUCCCGGGAGCGGCCCCUGCCCAACAUCUUCAACCUGUACACCAUCCUCACGGUUGUGCUUCAGUUCUGCGUGCACUUCCUGAGUCUUGUCUACCUGUACCGUGAGGCCCAGGCCCGGAGCCCCGAGAAGCAGGAGCAGUUUGUGGACCUGUACAAAGAGUUUGAGCCGAGCCUGGUUAACAGCACCGUGUACAUCAUGGCUAUGGCCAUGCAGAUGGCCACCUUCGCCAUCAAUUACAAGGGCCCACCCUUCAUGGAGAGCCUGCCUGACAAUAGGCCCCUGGUAUGGAGCCUGGCUGUGUCACUCCUGGCCAUUGUUGGCCUGCUUCUCGGCUCCUCACCUGACUUCAACAGCCAGUUUGGCCUUGUGGACAUCCCCGUGGAGUUCAAGCUGGUCAUCGCCCAGGUCCUGCUCCUGGACUUCUGCCUGGCACUCCUGGCCGACCGCAUCCUGCAGUUCUUCCUGGGAACCCCGAAGCUGAAAGUGCCUUCAUGAGACAGCGGUGCCAGCACCCACUGCCCAUUCUGUUGCCACCAGGCAGGAGCCCUUUGAGGACCCCAGGAGGGAACACUGCCCCCAUGGCAAGGCUGGCCCGGCCUUGCCCACCAAGACUGAGCUGGGACCCCGUGCAGCCGUCUGCAGGCCUGGCUGGCAGAACCAGCCCCAAGCUGGCACCUUUGGUAAAUAAAGCAGCAUCCGUGAUUUUAAGAA